GCCGCCUCGAUUGCCCGUUCUUAAUUUAAAAUUUAAACGUCGGCGAAAACGAACGCGUUUGUUUUAAACGGCCUAUCGUGGAAGAUGCGUUUUGUCUUUUUGAGUUAAAUUGUCUAGUGGGUUUGUGAUUCUGUGUUGUUUUGGUUAGGAAAAUGUUUCGUUUAACGAUAAUUCUCUCAGUAGCGGGAUGCAUCACUGCAGAAAGCUGGUUUUCGAGAAAUUCAGCAGCCACCGAUUCUCAAAUUCGCUUCGCGAUAGAAAACAAAUACGACCACACGGGCCCCGGAGCACAAGGGCCUGAAUAUGCGUACAAAACCUACAAACAUCUAGACGAAGCUAUACUGGCCUAUAUGAACGACCCAGAUACACAUCUUCCAGAACAUGAAAAACACAGAGCAAUUUAUCACUUCACACAACCGGCCUAUUAUCCUCCAUCAAAUAGCAUUAAUCAUGUGGAACGUCUUCCUAGAUAUCAACCGAAAACGGUCGAUGAAUACACUGGGUACAAACCACAACCACCACAAACCCCCGACAUUGAUUUCGCUACUUAUAAUCCUCAAGGAAUAGACCAUAAUGUUGUCACUGACUACACAGGCUGGAAACCAUACGAGGUCACAGGCCACAGAAAGCCGAUUGACGAUCCCUCCUACUAUAAACCAAGACCUAGUGAAAUAACUUUGAAUUACCCAAAAGAGCACACCAAGCUUGGGUUUAAAACGAUAAACAGUGAGGUUCGCCCGGUGCAUGCGAAGUCGCCAGCACAUUUAGCAGACCCUGCGCAUGAGUACGACCCGCAUCCUCAAUAUUCCUUCUCUUACGGAGUUCAUGACAAAGGCACCGGUGACUCUAAGUCAGCUCACGAGACGCGUGACGGCGGCACCGUACGCGGCUACUACACAUUCAUGGACGCGGACGGCAAGCAGCGUACUGUCCACUACACUGCUGAUGACAAACGAGGGUUCAGAGCUAAUGUGCAGCGCACUCAUACGAACAAGCAAUAGUGUGGGGUGGAGUGCUAAAGGGCAGCCUACCGUGAACUACAUCGCCAAAGCACUAAUACGCCAUAAAUAUGUGAGAGAUCGUACACCUUUGGGAACACUCCACACUGUUAGCGCCUUUUGAACGUCUGCAUCUCGGUAUCUCGUGAACUCUUUGGCUCCUGCUCGACGCAAUGGCAACAUUUUUGCCAUAGCCCAGACUAGACGCCAACGUUCAAUAGUCACUUGUCUCUUACUUUCAUACUACACAAGAGUUUUAGAACAAUGAUUCCAACUAUGCAGUCUAGCAUUUUACAGACCUAGCUAUAAUCUACAACUUACGCUAAAAUACCACAUCUAUGGCCAAAACCGACUGUUUUUUUGACCGAUUAGUUUACCUAUUGUUUAAAGAUUUGAGUUUUAAAUCCUUCUUUCAUAAAAUUAGAGUAGGUAACAAAUAGAAUGGCAAUUUGUAGAAUUAGGCGAAAGCCUAAAAAAAUAAUCACACUAGAUUUUGUAAUUAGUAAAUAUAUUACAGCUAAGUCAUAAAUACAUAUGUAUGUCUUAUUAGACCAUAAUACUAGUAUUUUUACUCAAUAUAUUUAAAUAGAAUUGAAUGUGUGCUAGCUACCAUGUUAUAAUUAUUGUUAAGUUUAUAUUUCAUUACGUCAAGCUUGCCAUGCUCUUUAUUUUGUUGAUUUGUAUACAAUUCUGCUUAAAACAACAAAAACUUUUAUAAAUGUUACACCAUCUUUUUUACUUCAUUGACACUUGUUUAUAUUUUUGUACUUACAUCUUUAAGUUCUAAAUAAUAAUUAGGAAUAGAACCUCAUAAUUGUAUUUCUACAUACAUAAGUAAAUAAAUGACUAUUGUUUAACGAGUGAAAUAAAAAUGUAAGAUUAGGAUUUUAACCAAUUUUAACAGGCUUUUAAAAUGUAUUAGAACUGUAAUUUCUGGCCCGAUUUUUAUUAUUUACUGUUGAAACAAUUCUUCGUGGUGCUUUUUAGACGGUUUGGAAACUUUUUACCGGCUUUAAAAAUUCCGUUGCAAUUAGUAGUGUGGCAAAAAGAGUAGAAAAUAAUAGGGGCGCCACCGUCUAUGCAAACCGUUUUGCAUAUGGCAACUAAUCGGACAAUUGACUAAAUGACAAUUACUAUGUUCAAAAAAAUUAGAACUUUUUUGACAAGCUGUAUGUCCUAAUAGAAGAGCAAUUCCCGAAAAGUUUGUACAUUUGGAUCACGUCUCCGAUUUUGAUAAAAAUUGGUAGGCUGACAGAGUCCAUGAUGAUGAGCAAGAUCCAAUAGGUUUCCUAAAAUGUCCUAGGUAGUUUGUAUGAAACCUUCCUUUUUUGUUACCAGAUUUUAUACAUUUUCGGUAACAAAAAAGAAAGUUUCGGGAAUUGCUGAGAAAUACAAUACUAUACAAAAAUAUUACGAAUAAUAAAAAAAGUGUCCAAUUGUCCCCUACCUUACUGUGCCGUAAGCACCCGAAUUGAUCUGAGUACCAAUUCAUUGUAUCAAAUUUAUUCCCUAACAAGCAUUCAAUAAAUUAGUCCUAUUCUAAUUAGAUAUCCAAUCACUGGAACAAUUACCUUGGCUUAAUUAUCUUAAGAUUUUUUUAUGAAUUAAAGUCAUUGUGAUGAGGCUUUUUAUGUAAGAUAGAAGGUAAUUUUUAUUUCUUCAUACGAGUAGCUUUUAUUUUUGAGAAAUAAGUAAACAUACAAUUUUGUGUAUGCAGUGCUCACUAAAUACUUUAAAAAAAAUUAGUGUCAUAAGUUUUAAGCGAACCUUAUAGACUAUUACACACCAUAUAUAUACAAUUAUACAUGGUGUAACAUAAGGGAAACCUAAUAAUUUUAACACCAUAAGUAUUCUAUAUCACAUUUCAAGACUAAAAUGUCUUAUUUCGUAGUUUCAGAGUCCUAACAUUAAUAAAAAACUUCUUAAUAUUUUUCAGCCCAAAAUACUUUUUUGAUAGCGAUGAUGUCAUUAUGGGGCAUAAUAUACUAUCGUUAUUGAUAAAUGUCAAGUGACAAGUCACAUAUUGCAAAAGUAGGUUUUAAGAAGAAAGAAGAAAUAUAUUAAUUCAGUUUAAGAGCCAGUUUCACGAAUGACAUUUACUUUUUCAGUGAAAAUACAAUCCAAAAUAAAGUUAAAAAAAAUUACAAAAAUUACUUAAACAACAAUUUUUUACCUUCUUUUGACCUUAGAGAUGCGUGUGGUUAAAAUCUUUCGGGUUCCACGUAUUUUACAGUGUCUCAGUGUGUGUGUGUCAGUGUCAAUAUCUUCUUUAUUUAAGUAGGAAAGCUAUAUUCGGAGUGAGAACUGACCACUCUGUGAUUACGUAUUUUUUGUUAUUCUCUAGGUAAGUAAUGAUCAAUCACGUGCCGGUACUAUGUUUAUGUACUUAACAAUAGUUAAUCAAUGAAUGUGUGGUCUGUCAUUUGUUUUCAAUUGUGUUAUGACUGUAUAAAUGAUGUAACAUAUGAUGUCAAAUCUUACCUAAUUUACGUGUAGUACAUUCAGACUAAAGUUCUGUUUUAAAGGUUGUGUUAAUAUUUUACAUUAAGUAAGUAUGUAUGUAUGCACAUGAUUAAGUGUAAUAAAUUAUUU